CCUCUCACACCAUCACUCACAGCUUCAUGAGGCUUCCUGUGAAGCCCCAGACACAGGCUGUGGUUACCAGUGGAAAAUGUCACUGGGCACUUUAAAGAAGAGAAAGGGGCGAGAAUGAAGAGACAAAGGGAUGAGCGACAGAAAAAGAGAGAUAGAGAGAGGGAGGGAGAUUGCACAAGAGAGUGAGACAGUGAUGUGCUAGUAGCAAGACAGAAGAAAAAGGCAAUCUUCUAAACUCGUCAGUCCAGCAGAGGAGAUGACAAUGUGUUUCCUCUCAGGGACCCCCUGCUACCCUCACUGACCAACGCUCAGAGUCUCAUUGUGGUCGUUUGCCAUGGAGAUCCUGGUGUCCUUAUAUGUCCUGCUGGUUCUGUUUCCAGUGCAUGCAGCCCAGUCUCACAAAGGCUCACAAGGACUCUCCUGCGUAAAUGACUUUGUCAACAAUGUCAGCUGUACGUGGGACCGCUCUCCAGUGGCUCCUGGUGUGGACUGCUUGAUUAAUGGUGUGACGACAACCUGGAUCUCCAAGAACAACGGGAGACAUCGGAUAACCAUUACUCAAAGAUGCAAGCUGAAACAACACAGAAACUCUCCUCCAGGCUGCAGUUUUGUCUUUGAAAAUGAAGAAUUCAACGAGUAUAUAGUUAUGCCCUACAUCAGCGUGGAGUGUAACGGGACGAUGAUGGAGAACCUCACAAAAUACAUACCAUUCGAUCACAUCAAAAUGCAUCCUCCAGGUGUCCCCACUGUCCGCAGCACUACCAAUGAGACCAGGAUAUCAUGGAGUCCAGGCAGCCGUCCCUCUGACUUCUUCGUAUCUUUUCACUUCGAAGUUCAGAUCAAACAGAAAAACAAGACAUGGAACGAGGCCAGCAUUAGCUCCACACAAGAACGAGAGCUGAGGAUCCCUGCCUGGCAACUAAAGGGGUAUUGCCAGGUCAGGGUGAGAGUCAAACCCACUGAUCAACCGCACAAUAGCCACUGGAGCAACUGGAGUCCAACAACAUCCUGGGUGGCGACAGACACGGUGGCAACAGACACGGUGGCAACUUCACAGGAUGAAGAGUGGUUUCUGGGUCAGAUAUCACCAGUAAUGCUGGGAGUGAUGUUCAGCUUGGGUCUCCUCAUUGUAACGCUGGUCCUUUGCAGGAGUUGUGCGAACAAGAGGCUCCUCAAAGGGAAGCCACUACCAAACCCUUCGAAAUACUUCCACACUCUCCACUCUGUCCACGAAGGAAACCUGAAGAAAUGGCUGAAUCCUCUGUCAGCUUCUGAGUCAUUCUUCACGGCCCAACCACAUGACCGCAUCUCCCCGGUUGAGGUGUGCGAAAGCUGGGAUGUGGUCCCCUCCACCUCUCCCUCCUCCAGCCUCACCAGCGCCCUGCUCCACUUCAGGAGCUACCCCUCCGGCUCAGACACCAGCGGGGUCAUCGACAUUUCCUCCUCUUCCUCCUGCUUCUCUAACAUGGGCUACUUGAUGUCCAGCUCCUCCGGCAGCUCGGCUCGAACCGACCCCAAUCCUGCCUACUUCACCUAUCAGGAUGAUUUCCACAAUCUGCACAACGGCCACAACCUCCAUCUCUCCCUCUGCCCUUCCCUCGACACCUGUCACACCUACGAGAGCCUGAAGAGGGAGCCGCAGAGCCCAGACUCUGGCUUUGGCAUCGGGAAGGAAGAUGAAGAGGGCAUGGGAGAUAAAAGGGUCAUGGAUGUAGAAGGGGAAGAGUGUUCGGAUGAUCACCGUAGCCCUCCUCUUCUCAUUCUGGCUCUCCAUCUUCCUUCCCAGAUGUUCUCUGCUCCACCCCCUCCCGACGCUCCCAGUCUAACUCCGAUAUCCUCCGAUAGCGAGCAGGUGGAUGCACCUGUGGCAGUUGCUAGUGGCAGCUUCACAGCCUGGCCUAUGGCUGGUGCCAUGAGCAGGUCUUCCUCCAUGCCUGUGGAGACCUGUAAAACUGGGUACCUGACCCUCAAAGAGCUACAGACAACAUUCAGCAAUAAAUCCAUCUAAAAACUUGUGAUGUAUCUGGAAGAAUCCCUGUGCCCAUCAUUUUGAAUUGAAUGUGUUUACAUCACAAACAACCUGACUGAUUGUUUAGUCUAACAGAAUAUAUAUAUAUAUAUAUUGUUCUUGUGCAGUUUUGACGUAGAUUUUUUUUUUUUUCAAAUUCCAUGAUUUUUAUGCUUUAAACCUGCACUGAUUCAUUUGUUGGUCACUUGGUGGCAUCAGAAUGAGCUGAAAUCACAUAACUGACAUAUUGUAACCUUAUU